CCGAGGCUCCUCCCCCUUGGGCGCGAGCGCCUCUCUGUAGUCUCCUUUCGGUGCUGGACCGGGAGGGACGCGUUCUUCCUCUCCUCUUGGAUCGCGCCUGCGCGCUGGCCCUUACAUCCGGGCACUGGAGGGGAGGGGAGGAGGGGGCCCAGGAUGAAUGCUCCUUUCCAAGAUGGCGGCGGAGGGAGGAGGAGGGAAGGAGAUGAACGAGAUUAAGACCCAGUUCACCACCCGCGAGGGGCUCUACAAGCUGCUCAGCCACUCCGAGUACAGCCGCCCCAACCGGGUGCCCUUCAACUCCCAGGGCUCCAACCCGGUCCGCGUCUCCUUCGUCAACGUCAACGACCAGAGCGGCAACGGGGACCGGCUCUGCUUCAAUGUCGGCCGGGAGCUCUACUUCUACAUCUACAAAGGGGUCCGGAAG